AUCUGGCAACACUACCAAAAAAAUUCGAUUUCCCGCUCAAAGUAGGCGCUGAAAACUGGAACAAAAGCAUUUGAGAGCUCCUUACGGGCAGUUUUCUGGCAGAGAGAAAAAAUUGUUCAGGAUGGCAGGGAUUCAGAGGCACAUUGUUCAGGGAGAAGAUCUACUGCUGUCGCAAUCGGCACUGGGUGAAAAUAUUGAAGAAGUUGUCGUAACGACUCACGAUACGGCAGAAAAAGAUUCCCUGGCCAUGGAAAAAAGCGCCCCUCUGAGGUAUUCUGUGCAGAUUGUGCAGAAAAAUGGGAUUGAGACGCAGGUUUGGGUGUGUGGGGUGUGCAACAGGGAGUUUAAAUAUCAAUAUGCAUUUUUGAGGCAUUUUCCCACGCACGCGGAAGGUACGAAGAGCUUCCAGUGCGACUACUGCCUCAAGACCUUCCGGCAGGUCUCAACGCUGCACCAGCACAAAGCUACUCAUUCCCAGGAGCGGCCUUUUAUCUGCGAUAUCUGCUCCAAGAGCUUCAAUCGCAUCUCCACGCUGAUCUCGCACAAGAAGACCCACUCGGACAUUAAGCCAUUCAAGUGUCCGAUUUGUGGUCAUGGAUUCCACCAGAAGGGUAACCUCCGGAACCAUGUCUACAUUCACACGAAUGAGAGGCCGUACAAGUGCCCCAUUCCCAAUUGCAGCAAAGGAUUCAACCAGAUGUCUAAUCUUGCUUGCCAUAAGCUCAAGGCUCACUCCCAGGAGGAAGGAAUCAGCUUCCAGUGCAAACCAUGCAAUCUGCGCUUUGCAAAGAAGGCUCAGCUCAAGCUGCAUCUCCAGCAAUUCCACAGGGAGGAGCCCCCAAAGGGAAAUGCAAAAAGCAAAUCAAAAUAUGGUCCAAUCACGGCCAAAUCCACAACAAUUUCGAAGAUUUUCCCUUUUGAGAAAGCCAUUGCCAUUCCUUUUGUGGACACUCUGGCCAUGAGGAGAGCAAAGGCGAAAGAGAUUGUGCCCUUUGGUUUGCUCAAUACUCAGGCCAAUGUCUCGUUACUGGUGCGGAUUUACGAUUUUGGCACCAAGAGCAUUAUUCGCGAGGCUACAGCAGAAGAUCUCAGCAAUACCAACACCAUUCCAAUUGUGGCCAUAAUCACUGAGAAGGAUGGAGAGUACAGUGUGAAGAUGCCUCUGCAGAAUUUUGCGUACGAGCUCAAUAACACGAACGGGAAGUAUUGCUUCGUGAAGAAGGAGAUUGAGGAAAAGGAUGAUGUCAGUCGGGGAAGGAAUGCAUUUUUGGGGACGAUUGGACUGAAGGAGGAAGAUGAGGGCUUUGUAAACAAUGUUGGAAGUCAUUUUGGUGGCUUUACAGCUAAUAAUUCUUUCUGCAGCCUCAUGGAGGCCAUCAAGAGCGAGGGUUUGUCCACUGAUGUGCCCAAUAUGAUGAAAUUUUUCGCAGAAUCCCCAGAGAGUCCAAAGGAAACGAGCCAGUGGGAGAAAAUUGACAAAGACAGCAUGGAUGAGCAGAAGGAUAUUCAGGAACUCUGAAGAAAUACCUUUUGACUGAUUCGCUAGUUAUCGUGUUUGUGUUUAAAUUUAUUGUAUUUAAUUGUAUAUUAUAAUCAGUUCUUUAGAAUCUUUGGCAAUUUAAAUAAAUUUUACAAAUUUUC